AGCAACUACAAAUACAGAGCGAGGAUCUGAAACAGGAUUAGUACUCAACACAGGAUUAUCGACUGAGAAACAAAGAAAAAAUACAGCACGGAGUCUAAAGCUUUUUACAGAAAUCAGAUUCAACCAUGACUAAGGACGCAGAGAUAGACAUGAAGGAAGUGGAGCUCCGGGAGAUGGACCCUGAGAAGCAGCCCAUGACUGGUGAUGGCCCGCCUGCAGGUGGAGAGAAAAAUGGCACCGUGAAAGUGAAGGUCCCGGACAACGAGGUUACCUUCACCGGCCUGUCCAAAGAGGAGCUGAUGAAGGUUGCUGGAACUCCAGGAUGGGUGAGAACCCGUUGGGCGCUUCUGAUCCUCUUUUGGGUGGGCUGGGUUGGCAUGCUGGCUGGAGCCAUAGUGAUCAUUGUCCAGGCUCCUCGCUGCAAACCCAUCCCCGAGAUGAACUGGUGGAACGAAGGACCCCUGUACCAGAUCUCUGACUCUGAUGCUUUCGCUGAUGGACUCGCAGGCGUCGAAGAAACGGUUGGCGAUAAUCAACAAGCUGAAGGUGAAAGGCCUGGUUCGCCCUCUUCACACCAUCCAGCGCGACAUGCCAGCCACCCUGAAUCCUUAAAGAGACGACCCCACCAAGGGGAAAUGAGCCCAAGCCUUGCUCGCUGUGCUGGAAAAGGCCAACAAGAAGGGGAAGUCAUCAUACGACGAAUCGAAAAAUUGGCUUGUGCAGGUGUGCAGCGCAUCAUGGACAUGAACACCCUCAGCUCUCAGCAGAGGAGUGUGGCCUGGGGGCUCGGUGCCGCCCAAGAAGACCAGCUGUCCAAACGGGCCACCACUCCUGCCCUGAUCCGGCUCUACCAGCUGCUGCUGUUCACCAUGCCUGGAACUCCCGUGUUCACCUACGGAGACGAGAUUGGCCUUCAGGCAAUUGGAUCAGAAUCACCAAAGAUGGUUUGGGACAUAGAGAAGGAACCUGUUGAAGGAGCUGCUGUUAAUGACACUGCUGAGGUUCAGCGAAAAGAAUACGUUGCUGUGAGGAAGUGGUUUAGAUCCCUCAGCGAACUGCGAGUCAAAGAGCGCUCUCUCCUCCACGGCGACUACUACCCUCUCUCCUCCUCCGCCUCCUCCCUCUCUUUCCUCCGCAUUUGGGACCAGAGCGAGAGGUACAUAACGGCGGUCAACUGGGGAGCAGCGCCUGAGACGCUCACUUUCAAACUGGAAGCUACAGAGGGAUUAGAGUUGCCAGAAACGGCCACGGUGAAGCUGGCGACAGAUGAAGCUCUGGUGGUAGACUCCACCGUCACCUUGGACAAAUUUGUACUCGCACCCGGACAAGCUGUCCUGCUGCAGUUCCCCUAGACGGGCUAAAGAUGGAGCCAAACUAUAGAAAGCUACGCACACAUCACUUGUUUUAAAGACAAACUGAAGUCAGUCCUUAUCCUUAAAAAUAAGAUUGGAUAGUCAAAAGAUUGAGUUUCUUUUUACUUUUUUUUAAAUAGACAAGAUUCUUUAGUCAGAACAUAAGUGAAUAGGGUCAAAGAAAGUCUGCCAUCCAACUUGUUGGCCAGUAUAAACCCAGAUGAAUUUUUCUGGUUUUUAACACACAUUUGAGUUUUAAUCUUGUUUUGUUGGGAGAAUGCAACCACUUUAGAUAUGCACUGAGCAUUUUAUUCUUUUGUGAUCAUUUAAUGUUGACAACAUUGUCCAAAUAUGUGAAGACAUUCCAUUGUUUGUUCUUUGGGCAUUUCUUUGGCAGUCCUUUUUGUUCUUUCUUUAUGUUUUUCUUUUCUUUUACAUUUUAAGAAAUUCCGUUUUAGUGACAGUUUUUCUGUCUUUAACAUCAAGGGUGACUCUGAAGUCUUUUUUAAGGUGCUAGUAAACAACAUUUUGUGAUUGGCAACAAUUCUGACAAGUGAACUGAAUUGAAAAUAAACAGAAAACUAAACUGUACCUACUCUG